CUCACUUUCACUCAGGACUCGUAGGGGUGGCUGCCUCACCAUGUGCACUGGGAAGUGCUCCCGCUUCGUGGGGCUCUCCCUCAUCCCCCUGUCCCUGGUCUGCAUGGUGGCCAAUGCCCUCCUGCUGGUGCCUCAGGGCAAGACCAACUGGACGAACGUCAGCAACCUCAGUUUGCAAGUGUGGCUCAUGGCUGGCUUCAUCGGCGGGGGCCUGAUGGUGCUAUGUCCCGGCAUCGCGGCGGUUCGGGCAGGGGGCAAGGGCUGCUGCGGCGUGGGCUGCUGCGGAAAUCGCUGCAGGAUGCUGCGCUCCAUCUUCUCCUCGGCCUUCGGGGUGCUGGGUGCCAUCUACUGCCUGUCAGUGUCGGGAGCCGGGCUCCGAAUCGGACCCAAUUGCUUAAUGAACGGCCACUGGGAAUAUCACUUCAAAGACACCGAAGGCUCUUACCUGCUCAACCGGACUUUGUGGGACUUGUGCGUGGAGCCACCGGGCGUGGUCUCCUGGAAUGUGACUCUCUUCUCCCUGCUGGUGGCCGCCUCGUGUCUGGAGGUCGUGCUGUGCGGGAUACAGCUGGUGAACGCCACCCUCGGUGUCUUCUGCGGCGAUUGCAGGAAGAAGGAGGGCACCCUUCAAUGAAGUUCCACUGACGUUGUGCUCCCUCCUGGAUGCCCGACUGGCCCACCUGAACCUGGAAUAAACUUUUGAACUCUCUGUUCGGGUCUCAGAUGAUGCCCUCUGUGCAUGGAGGGCCCCAAGGCCUCCAGCCACACAGGGCCUCCGGGUGCUCCUGUUUGGGACCCGCCCCCUCCCGCAAGUGUCCUUAACAAGUAGUUAUUUGGCCUGUUAGAAUGCGCUCACAUACAGUGCUAAACAAGACAGGCAAGUUCCAUACGCCCAAAGAAUUUAACAACCCAGGGGCGUAAGAUGGGUACACAUUUUUUUGACAGCCAAUAGAUUACUUCACUUUUAAAAAAACACGCUGGUGAUGGGAUAGGUAUUGGCUGAUGGAGG